GCACAACGAGAUACAGGAUUAUGUUAUAAAUCCUUAUUUACGAGCCAAACACUGAGAUCUGAAGCAGGAAUCAAUGAACAUUCGUAGAAUACCUUAAAUAUGUACGCAUGUAUUUGUUUUUUAGCCCUAUCCAGUGUCAUCCAUGCAGAGCCAGAACUGGUGAUAUAUGAACUGGGAGACAACUUAAAAUACCCAUUAUACUGCAGAGUGAAUGAUAUUAGCAAGAGCUCAUGGAAACGAAGUGAUGUACCGAUAUCUGCCGGUGGAUAUGUUUUUGAUUUUAACAAAUAUUCACUCGAUGAUAGGAGUCCGCCAGAAUAUAAUCUAAAGUUGAAGAAGAGCUUGUUGAAGAACGAUGCAGGAAAAUAUUCAUGCACAGAGGGGAGAGAAGAAAUCAAAAGCUAUAUCCUGAUAGCGAAAGAGUCGGCAUCAAUUCCGAAACACAGUGAGUCUUCCAUAUACAGCAUGUUAGGCGAAACAGUCAAGCUAUGGUGUAAUGCCACCGGGUAUCCAGAACCCACAGUCACCUGGUAUGCAUGCCAACAAACAAGAUAUGGGGAAAAGCUUGAAAGUAUAGGAAUCAGUGGAAACAUGCUUGGUAUACGUAACAUUUCCCGAAACUGUAAUACUAUAUAUCAGUGUCAGGCAAUAAACAGUUACAGAAUGAAGAAACCCGUGGCGAAAAACAUCACACUCAGAGUUCACUUUUUUCCUGACGUCUUUGUGGGUAUCAAAUUAAACGAUAAAGAGAUCUCAAAUAGCGGUUUCAUUUUUGGGAGAAAAAAAGACAGAUUGGCCCUGUCCUGUUCGGUAUAUGCCGUCCCGCCAGCCAAUGUGGCGUGGUCCAGGGAUAACAUAACAAUAGGAACAUACCACCAUGUUAACGGUAUAAUUGAAAAAUCCAGUAAUGCUGAUAAUUUCCUGUACGGUUUGACAAAGGCGUUAGAGAUCAAAAUAGGAAUUUCAGUUACAAUGGACUUUACGUUGGAUGCUGAUAACACCUUUGCCAGUUACCACUGUGACGCAAAGAAUGAAGUAGGAUAUACCAGGAAAACUGUGAAAAUUAAACAUGUUCAGAAGCGUUGAUAUUUGCACCGUCAUUUCUUGAACAUGGCUUAAAUGAAACACUGUUCAAAAAGAAGUACUUAGCAAUAAUAUAGCAACAAUGUAAAAAAGAAUUAAAAACCGUUUAAUUUGAAUUUGUGAGCAUAUUUCGCUUUUGAACAAGUAGGUUGCUUAAAUGGCUUUAAAAUGGUUCAAAAAUGGAAAAUAUGUGCCGUCUGAACGUUGUUUUAGCACUAUGUUUUGUAAUAUUAUAUUGUUCACGUACAUUAUUUUACAAUACCGUUCAUCUUAUAUCUCAUAUGCAUUGACUUAAGGAUAGUGAUAAUAGUCCUAUCGUACAGAAGAGGCGUGUUUAUGCUCGUAAUGAGGACUCUGUAAUCAUCAAAUCAUCAAAUGCUUUAAGUUUUCGUGUAUUCAUAGCAAUUUUUAAGGUGGAAUAACACAUCGUCACAAAAUGGCUGACCUCUGAUAGAAACGAUAUUUCGUUUCACUAAAAGAUUUUUUUAUGGCAACAUGUAACUUACUCCAUAGCCGAGUGGAUAAGGACUCGGUCUUUUGUACCGUUCAUCUGGAGUUCGAAUCCAGCAGGGGCUUUUUAUUGUUACUUACUGAAUUAAUUUUAUUAGAUAAUCAUUUUUUAUCCCUAAACUUCAAAUUAUUUGGCAUAUAUAUUUGUAUAGUUUAUUAAUCAUUUUAUCUUUCAUACUAAAAACCUUAACAGGACAAAUGGCAGAAUGGUAGCUAAUUCAAUGUACAUGUAAAAACACUGUUUAAGUAUUUAAUAAUUAUAUUUUUUCUGUACUGGUUAAGUGGUAAAUACAUUUACAAGAUUAUCAUUUAUUAUUACCAGAGUACCUUUAUUUCUUUCAAUAAAAUAAAAAACAUACAUGUAAUCAAGUUCAUUAAUAUCAAGAGAUAAUAGAUGUUUAAAAAUAUAUAAACGUGCAAUACUUUUUAAAUAUGAAAAAAGUCACCAAGUGUCCUUUUUCCGUAUGUAUUUUCUUUUUAUAUUUUACAUGUAACUCUUCUCAAUAUGUUUUGAAAUCAAUUUUUUCUCUCGCUUGUAUGAGUUAAGUACUAUGCAAUUAAUCUGACCAGUUCUAAACAAUUUUUAUAUCGAUAAUGAAGGUUCUACAUUUCUCUUAUAUACGCUCUGUCAUCCUGUUCUGACCAAACCAAAGCAGGAAAAACAUACUAAUAAUUACCAUUCUGAUUGCAUACACAAGUACUCUGAAGUUGACAUUAAAAAGAUGCUUGAAUUUCUGAAAGACAAUAUCUUUGUAGUUUUUGGAGACCAGGUCUUCAAACAAUCAGUACGAAUUCCAAUGGGGACAAAUUGUUCUUUAACAACAUUAACAACAGUUACUUUCACGCUCAUGUCAACUCAAAAUAUCCCAGUGAGCUUAAAUAAAAGAUACCUCAGAAUCUGAGACAUAUGUUUCAUAUUUGGAUAUUUCACUAAAAAAGACGUUUAAGUUAACCUUAAAACAAAACUAUAUGAUAAACGUGAUAAUUUUUUUUCAUCGUCAACUUACCUUACUUAUGUAGCAAUAUACAAUCAUCAUCUGCUGAUGGGGGCUAUGUCUCUCAGCUUAUUCUUUAUGCAAGAGCAUGCUCUACAUACGAACAAUUUCUUAAACGAGACAAGCUACUAACAACCAAGUUGUUGGAACAAGAAUAUCAAGAACCUCGAUUAAAAUCAUCUUUACGCAAGUUCGAGGGUCGAUACAAUGACAUUGUCAGCAAGUAUAAUGUUUCAUUAAAGCUGAUAUGAAUUCUUAAAAGCA